ACAGGAACAACAUGGCGGCAAAAGUAACUUCUCGAGUUACGGUCCUCGGAGGCGGGAUUUCAGGUCUUUCCGCUGCUUAUUAUCUAGCCAAAAACCACAAGGAUCCAAGUAAGAUAACUUUAGUUGAGUCAAGCCCUCGGUUUGGUGGAUGGCUGCAUAGCGUAAGGGCUGAGAGUGGAGCUAUCUUUGAGCAAGGACCUCGGAGUUUGAGACCUGUUGGUCCUGCAGGUUGGGAGUCUUUGAACCUGGCCUCAGAGCUUGGAUUAGAAAAUAUGAUCAUCCCAGUAUCAACAAGUCAUGCCGGUGCUCGUAACAGAUUUAUUUAUUCCAAAGGACAAGUUCACAAACUGCCAAGCAGUAUUGCAUCUAUAGUCAAGAGACAGUCACUAUUCUCUGGAUCACUUUUGCCUAUUUUAUUAAGAGAGCCCUUUGUGAAGAGACGGACUGAUGAAAGUGAUGAGUCGGUCUAUGAUUUCUUUAAGAGGAGAUUCAGUAAAGAGGUUGCAGAGUAUUUGGGGGAUCCCAUUUGUCGUGGUAUCUUUGCUGGUGAUGCUCGACUUUUAAGCCUAAGGUCAGUCUUUCCACCAGUUUAUGAAAUGGAGAAAUCACGUGGUUCAGUUGUCAAAGCUGCCAUCUUACCAGGAAAAUCUUCAAGCCCAGCUCCUGACAACCACCCUCUUGUCCAGAAAUCUAUCCAAGAGAAGUGGAGUAUAUGGUCAUUGCAAGGUGGUUUACAAACAUUUGCAGAUAAACUACAUGAAUCUUUGGUCCAUAUGGGAGUUAAUGUUCUGUCUGAGACUCCAUGUCGUGCCAUAGAAUUCAAAAAUAAUGGAUCAGUAUGUUUAAGCACGGAUACUAAGGAUAUAGUAUCUGAUCAUCUUGUCAGUACGUUAUCUACUGGUGUGUUAUCAUCAGUCUUGACCGACUCUCUCCAGCCUCUUAAGAACAUUUUAAAUGAGAUCAAAUCUGUAUCAGUCGGCCUAGUAAACCUUGAAUACAAGAGUAACUUGAUUCAAGAUGAAGGAUUUGGCAUACUGCUGCCAUCAUCCGAGCCAGUCAAUAUCCUGGGAAUUAUAUAUGAUUCUUGUGUCUUUCCUCAACAUGACAGAAAUGAUGGGAAUCAUACCAGACUAACAAUCAUGAUGGGUGGACACUGGUUUGACAAGCACUGUGGAAACCCAGACACAGUUACCCCUCAAAGCCUUACAGACAAUGCCGUAAAGGCAGUCAAUAAAAUCUUGCGUAUCACACAAGAACCAGUCUACCACUUAUCAUCAGUACAAAAGAAUUGUAUAUCUCAAUACCACAUAGGACAUACUGAUAGGGUACAGAGAAUAUUUGAUUAUGUCCAGCAGAAUAAUCUGCCCUUAACCUUGCUAGGGGCUUCAUAUAAGGGGGUGUCUGUUAAUGAUUGUAUAUUUAAUGCUAAGAAAGGUGUAGAAGAAAUGCUGGAAAAACUCUAAGCACAAUCAAAGUCAGUCCAACGAUAAUAAAUUAAAACGUAAUAGAAAGUGGAAUUAGAUUUUGAAAGAGAUUAGAUUUACUGUAAGUAGUUGUCCAGCUGUAAUGACCCCUCUAGCAAUGUUAUUAUUAUCAAUAAAUCAUGAAAAUAAGACAAA